AUGUCUUUACUACAAGAAAUUUUGUGGGAAAGUUCUUCCGAUUCAGACAACGACUUAAUUAUUUAUUCUAAUAUUAAAAAAAGAAAGGUUUACCUCGAAAGAAUAGAUAGAUUUAGCAAAUGGGAUGAAAACUCCUUUUUGGAAAGGUUUCGUGUUUCCAAGAAACUUGCACGCGCUUUGGCUUUGUACUUAGACCCAUUGAUAUCAUCGAGAACCACGAAAAAUUCAACUGUAACUUCAAUGCAACAAGUACUUAUUGCAUUAGAAUAUUUUGCGUGUGGCUCAUUUCAACGGUGCAUUGCUGAUACUGCAGGAGUAAAUAAAUCAAGCGUAUGCCGUAUAAUAAACAGAGUGAGCAGAGCAAUUGCAAGAAUGAGACCUGAAUGGAUAUCAAUGCCUUGUAAUAUGAAUGAGAUAGAAAAAGUGGCAACAAAUUUCUAUGAACUAAGCGCCUUUCCUAAAGUUAUUGGGGCUAUUGAUUGUACACAUAUACCCAUCAAAUCUCCAGGUGGCAUAGACGCAGAAAACUAUAGAAAUAGAAAAUUGAUAUUUUCAAUAAAUGUGCAAGUUAUUUGCGAUGCAGAAAUGUAUAUAAACAACAUAGUAGCACGUUGGCCUGGCAGUAGUCAUGAUAGCCAUAUAUUUAACUGCAGUGUUAUAAAAAGUAGACUGGAGGCUGGUGAAUUUGAAGGAUACUGGUUACUUGGUGAUAAGGGCUAUGCAAUAAAACCAUAUUUGAUGACUCCUCUACGUAACCCAAUAUCUGAAGGAGAAAAACUGUAUAAUGAAAGCCAAAUUAGAACAAGAAAUGUUAUUGAAAGGCUAUUUGGAUGUUGGAAAAAGCGUUUUCCAGUUCUAUCAUCGAAAAUUCGCACUGAUUUAAAGAAAGCACAACCUAUUAUAGUGGCUACUGCAGUACUCCAUAAUAUGUGCAAGAAAAUGAAAGAACCUACACCAUCAUUUAUGGAUUAUGAGACUCCGUUAUCUUCUGAUGAAGAGGAAUUUGAAUAUAGAGGUUCGAUUAACAGAUCUGAUGACCAUAAUAGAACUUCUUUGAUAAAUAAUUACUUUAAUCAAAUGUGUUAGUUACUCACCACCUAAUAUGUUGGGGUUGUUGAGGUAAUAAGGAUAAAAAUAAGGAUUUAUUUUAAAUAAAAAUUUUAUUAAUUAA